CGCGCGCGCAAGCCCAUGGAGCAGAGGAGCCUGCUGGCGUCGGCCGUCGGCGUGGGCGUGGGCGUGGGGCUGGGCCUCGCGUCGGCGAGGUGGGCAAAGCCGGUGCACGCCGCCGAUGGCGGCGCGGGCGCCGCGGAGGUGGAGGCGGAGCUGCGGCGGCUGGUGGUGGACGGCCGCGACAGCAAAGUCACCUUCGACGACUUCCACCACGUCCAUUGCUACCUCAGCGAGCAGACCAAGGAGGUGCUCAUCAGCGCGGCGUUCCUCCACCUGAAGCAGGCCGAUCUGUCCAAACACAUCAGGAACCUCUCCGCCGCGAGCCGUGCCAUACUGCUCUCCGGACCUACUGAGCCUUACCUGCAGUCACUCGCGAGGGCUCUGUCUCACCACUAUAAGGCCCGGCUGUUACUCCUCGACGUCACCGACUUCUCGCUUCGGAUCCAGAGCAAAUAUGGGAGCUCCAGCAAAGCCUUGGUUCAUAAUCAAUCCAUAUCAGAGACAACAUUUGGGAUGAUGUCUGAUUUCAUUGGAUCUUUUACGAUGUUUCCUAAGAAGGAUGAGCCUAGAGAAUCAUUACGCCGUCAGACAAGCAGUGCGGAUUCGAGAGCUAGAGGUUCUGACGUUGCUAGCAAUGAUGCUUCACUUCGGAAAAAUGGAUCUAUGUCAUCUGAUACGAGUGAUGUUAGCUCACAAUGUUCUGGACAUUCAGUUUCAGCUAGGCGAACCAGUAGCUGGAGUUUCGAUGAGAAAGUUCUGAUACAGUCACUUUACAAGGUCAUGAUUUCUGUGGCUGAAAGUGAUCCAGUUAUUCUUUACAUAAGGGAUGUAGACCGCUUCCUGCAUAGAUCAGAAAGAACUCACUCUAUGUUCAAGAAAAUGUUGGGCAAACUCUCUGGGCAAGUGUUGAUACUGGGCUCCCGGUUACUUAAUUCUGAUAAUGAAUACAACGAUGUGGACGGCAGAGUUAGUGGCCUGUUCCCUUAUCAUGUUGAUAUAAAACCUCCAGAGGAGGAAAUCCAUCUCAAUGGUUGGAAAACACAAAUGGAAGAAGAUGCAAAGAAAAUUCAGAUUCAAGAUAACAGAAACCACAUCAUAGAGGUACUCUCAGCGAAUGAUCUAGACUGCGAUGAUCUGAGCUCAAUCUGUCAAGCAGAUACUAUGGUUCUGAGCAACUACAUCGAUGAAAUUAUUGUCUCAGCGGUGUCAUAUCAUUUGGUUCAUAACAAAGAUCCUGAAUACAAAAAUGGGAAGCUUCUUCUAUCUUCUAAAAGCUUGUCCCAUGGAUUAAGCAUUUUUCAAGAAAGUGGCAUUGGUGGCAAGGAUACUCUGAAAAUGGAAGCAAAUGGUGAACCAAAGGAUGGUUUGAAAGGUGCAGCUGGAUCUAAGAAUGCUGAGACGGAUAAAUCGCCAGUUAAGGAUGGUGACACUCCACCACCAAAACCAGAAAUACCUGACAAUGAGUUUGAAAAGCGUAUCAGGCCAGAGGUUAUACCAGCCAGUGAAAUAGGAGUGACAUUUGAUGAUAUUGGAGCCCUGGAUGAUAUCAAAGAGUCCCUUCAGGAGUUGGUUAUGCUUCCUCUCCGGCGGCCUGAUCUUUUUAAAGGGGGAGGACUUCUAAAGCCAUGUAGGGGAAUAUUAUUGUUUGGACCACCUGGAACUGGCAAGACAAUGCUCGCUAAGGCUAUAGCAAAUGAUGCUGGUGCAAGCUUCAUCAACGUCUCAAUGUCCACUAUCACGUCCAAAUGGUUCGGGGAGGAUGAGAAGAAUGUCCGAGCAUUGUUCAGCUUGGCUGCGAAGGUUGCCCCUACAAUUAUUUUUAUCGAUGAAGUAGACAGUAUGUUGGGGCAGCGCGCUCGGAGCGGUGAACAUGAGGCUAUGCGGAAGAUCAAGAACGAGUUCAUGAGUCAUUGGGACGGUAUCUUGUCGAAGUCUGGCGAAAGAAUCCUCGUUCUUGCCGCGACAAAUAGGCCGUUUGACCUCGAUGAAGCCAUCAUCAGGAGAUUCGAGCGCAGAAUCAUGGUUGGCCUUCCAACACAAGAGAGCAGAGAGCUGAUCUUAAGGACAGUUUUGUCAAAGGAGAAAGUUGAUAAGAACAUCGAAUACAAGGAGCUCGCAACGAUGACUGAAGGGUACAGCGGCAGUGAUCUUAAGAAUCUUUGCAUGACAGCUGCUUACCGCCCGGUUAGGGAGCUCCUGAAGAAAGAACGUUUGAAAGAGAUGGAAAGAAGGGAGAAAGAGGCAAAACAGAAAGCAGAGAAUUCAGACAAACCAGCUGACAACAAGACGCUGAGCUCCGACAUCAAAGAGGACAGUUCCGAGAAGGCGAAUUCAGAUAAGAAAGAGGAAACUUCAGGAACCAAGGCAGAUACCUUGGAAGCAAAGGCCGAAGGUGACAAGGAGGUGGCGAUCGACCUUAGGCCGCUGACGAUGGAGGACCUCAGGCAGGCCAAGAAUCAAGUUGCUGCGAGCUUCGCCACCGAGGGUGCUGUGAUGAACGAGCUGAAGCAGUGGAAUGAUCUCUAUGGCGAAGGUGGUUCCAGGAAGAAGCAGCAGUUGACAUACUUCUUGUAGAAAAAAAUGGAUGCUUAUUUGCAGAUUGGUGAUGCUUCGGCAGAGAGAUGCCAGCGCAGCUGUUGUAGAGAAUUCCCGUGGAGCAGAGAUCAGCUCGACGGUAAAGGACGGAAGGAUAGCUGGGGAGCAGACGUGAGUUGGAGCAUCGUGGAAUGGAUGAGAUAGGUGGAGGUACUGGAUCAUGUACAAUUUUUUUAUACGAACACUAGUAAUUUAGUAUGUACAUCACUAUAUUGUAAUUAUUAUUCGGUGUUUGUUAGCAUAUAUUGAUUGCAGUGGCACGUGUGUUAGUUCAA